GGGCGGGGACUAUCAAUCGACUCCCCCUCCCCUGUCUUCGGCCCGCUCACUCGGUGGCGUUCCCCCCCCCCCUUCGCGCGACGAUGGCGGACGAGGAGCUGGAGGCGCUGCGCAAGCAGAGGCUGGCCGAGCUGCAGGCCAAGCACGGGGAUCCCUCUAGUGACGUCACACAACAAGAAGCGAAACAGAGGGAGGCAGAAAUGAGAAAUAACAUUUUGGCUCAAGUUUUAGAUCAGGCAGCUCGGGCCAGAUUAAGUAAUUUAGCGCUUGUAAAGCCAGAAAAGGCAAAAGCAGUUGAGAAUUAUCUUAUACAAAUGGCAAGGUUUGGACAAUUAGGUGGGAAGGUAUCAGAUCAAGGAUUGAUAGAAAUACUUGAAAAAGUCAGUCAGCAAACCGAAAAGAAAACAACAGUAACGUUCAACAGAAGAAAAGUAUUGGAUUCUGACGAAGAGGAAGAUGAAUAAAAUGCAAAGAUGGUUGCCAACUGCCAAUCAUCCAGAAGAUGUCAAGGAAAGCAUUCUGUCCUGACCUGAAGCAUAAAUGAGAAGUUUACAUCUUUUUCUGUACACUCUUUUUUUUUUUUUUACACACGAAGGGAAAACCAAUUAUCUUGUGUUCUGUAUAAUAAAAUUAAGUGAAAUGGUUUUAUUAGAUAAUUUUUAUAUCAAAGGCUUAGGGAUUUGCAGAUUGUCUCCAAGGCUUUAGCUUUCUUUUGACAUUAUUUAGCAAACACAUACACUGUUAUUGGCACUUAUAAACAGCUUGCUUCCAAAACCAUCUAAUACACCGUACCAGAUUUGGGAGUGAAGGAGUCUUGAGUUGCAAAAUUUUUUGCAGAGUUAUACCUGCAGGCUAAAUUGAUCUGAGCAAUUUCAUUUGUAUAUAUAAAGGGGGCGGGAGAACCAUCAGAUAGGAACUAGUAUGCACACAACAUUCGUUAAUCCUUUACCCAGAGUCCAGGGAUUUGAAACAGGCAGUGAUUUGUACAUUUCCUGCAGCGUUUCCUCUCCUCCCAAGUAUAAAUAUUACCUAUCCCUACCCUGAUUACUUUGUGUGAUUAUGACUAACCAGGUUUUGCUGUUAACAGCAAAUCCUCGUUAGCAUUGUCUGUGGAGUAAAGGAGCAGGCAACUGGCAUGGGUGUUAGGUAUGCACAUGGCUGAAUUGAUAAUGUUUUUAAGGUUUGCUGAAAUAAACCCUUAUAGCCAAGGAAGAGUGGUUAGCAAGCAAAAAAUAUAUGGCUCUAGUAGAGAUUUUUUUGAUCUUGCUGGAUAAUCUGUUGCAUUGAAAGAGAGACGUUUUUGGCUAGCAUGUCAUGAAGUUGAAUUAUAGGGUCUUUUGCAGAAAGCGAGAUUUCACUCUUUGCCUACAGUAGGGAAAUGAAGAAUGCUUCCACCUUUGGGUGUGAAUCUAGCCAAAGUUAACAAAAUAUUAGGUCAUGUUGCCUUUAAUCUCUUUCGCUUUAUAUCAGUGGGUCUUUAAAGGCUUAACUAUGAUAGGUUUGCAUCCAGUGGGAGCAUCAUUAUACCAGGGCACUAGGUAGACGAAACACUCAAAACUACCUCCAUUUUUCAGAAAUACAGAACUUGCCUCAUCAUCAGUAGCCCAAAGCCUAGGACCAUCUUACGUGUACGAUGCCAUUGUAACUUAUUUUAUGUUGUGCCUUUGUGUAUGCUAUAAGAAGUGUUUGAUACAUAUACUGUGAAAAAAGGUGUUGGGGGGGCGGGUGAGGAGUCAUUUGACCUUUUUUGAUUUGUGGAGGUGAUGCAUCUAAUAGAGCUAUGAAACAGACAUUAAAAACUUUGUGUAAAGAAAA